CCAGGGGGUGGAUUACUGAAGAUACCCGAGGGCAUGUGUGGCUGGAGGGGUCAGCCCCCUUUCGCAGCUGCAGGGCAGCACACCUAGUCUUCAUGCUUCCUAGCAUACCUUCACAGCAAAUAGCUUCCUUUUCCAAAGAAUGAGCACGUGUCGAUGGUGUACACCUGGUGGUCCUGACACCACCGAGUUCCUGAAGAGCUAUGCUUCAAAACGGUUGCCCCUGGAAGAUCUUGAAGGAUCCAAUGAAGACCUCUGUUACUGCCUGGAGUGUGUGCUUGAAUACCACAAAGCCAAGGAAAAACUGCCAGGGUUACAUGAGGUCUUGUGGAAGUUGGAAACCUCCCGUCUUGUUGCCCACAUUGAGAAAUCCAUGCAAGAAGAAGCUGGAGAAGAUGAUGAGUUGUUUGUAGUCGAUGAGAAUGGACAGACACAGCUGUCUGGUUAUGUGGGCCCGGACUUUGAGAAUAACCUGCGAGUCCCCCUUCUAGAAGUACUGAAAUAUCCAUAUCUGCUGCUGCAUGAGAGAGUCAGUGAGCUGUGUGUGGAAGUGCUCUGUAGAAUGGAAAGAAGUCACAGCUCCUUUCAGGUCUUUGAGAAAUAUCCAGGAAUUUAUCUCUUUUUGGUACACCCAAAUGAAGUGAUUCGUAGAUGGGCCAUUCUAACAGCAAGGAAUUUAGGCAAGGUUGACAGAGAUGAUUACUAUGACUUACAGGAAGUGCUGACUUGCUUGUUCAAGGUUAUUGAGUUGGGGCUUUUUGAGAGUCAGGAUAUUUACAGAUCUUCAAUGGUUGAAAAGGGCAAACUCAUCCUUCUGCCAUCUCACUUAUAUGAUACUGCCAACUACAAAGACUAUUGGCUGGGGAUUUGUAUGUUGCUUACAGUGCUGGAAGAAGAGGCUUUGGAUUCCUUGUUACUGGGUCCAGACAAACAAAAUGACUUCAUGCAGUCUAUACUUCACACCAUGGAGAAAGAAGCUGCUGAUGAGUCUACUGACCCCUUCUGGCCAGCGCUGCAUUGUUUCAUGGUUAUUUUGGAUCAGCUCGGAUCUAAAGUAUGGGGUCAGCUUAUUGAUCCAGUCCAAGCCUUUCAAACCAUUAUCAACAGUGUGAGCUACAACAGUGAGAUAAAAAAUAUACGCAAUAGCUUUAAGAGGACAAAGAUUGAACCAGAGUCAGACUACAAUGAUGACAUGGUUACUUGCAGUCAGAUUGUGUAUAGUUAUAACACAGAAAAGCCUCAAAAGGAUACUGGAUGGAAGACUGCCAUUUGUCCAGACUACUGCCCCAACAUGUAUGAAGAUAUGCAAGCACUGGCUAACAUGCUUCAGUCUGCAAUUGGUAGAGGUACACGUAUCCAUCAAAGCACAUUUUUGUGGUUCAUCCCUUUUGUUCAGUCGCUCAUGGAUUUAAAGGACUUGGGUGUAGCAUAUAUAGUAGAGGUCAUUCACUACCUCUGCUCGGAAAUCAAAGGUAUUCUCAAUGAAAGAAUCCAGCAAUGUGACAAAGUCUCUGAAUUUUUUCUCCUGAUCUUGGUCUCCAUUAUUGAACUACACAGAAAGAAGAAGUGCCUGCAUUUGUUAUGGAUUAGCUCCCAGGAAUGGGUGGAAGCGGUGGUGAAAUGUACUAUGCUUCCAGCUAUUGCAUUUACACAGUGCACUGAAAAACUACCUGGACAAUGUGUGAGAAGUUCAUUGACAGUAUCUUUACAAGCUUCUAACUCUGUGCAGCAUGCCUGUGUGCAAUUGAUACGCAGCCUUCUUAAAGAAGGCUAUCAAAUUGGGCAGCAUACUCUUUGCAAGCAAUACCUAGACAAACUCAAUCUUCUUCUGCGAGGAAAUCUAUCUUUAGGUUGGCAGCUGAACAUCCAGGAAACUCAGGAAUUACAAGUGUGUUUAAGGCAAGUUAUAAGAGGUAUAAAGAACAGAGCAUUGGAUACCUCUGUGGCUGCAGGAAACGAUGCAAUCUCUACAACUUUACCUAUAAAGCAAGAGAAGAGUUCACGUGGUGGUGGAUGCGAGAUGAGUGUAUAUGGCAGAGAUGACCUUCAUUCACUGUGUGCUGUCUCAUCAAAGGAAGGCAGAGUUUGCUCCAGCUUCUUUAAAAGUGAACCUGGUAUGCAGGAGAAUGAAGAUGAUGGGAUUAUGCUUUCAGGGUUCAGUGGCACCUUACUGAGAAAAGUAUCGACUGGACUAAAAUCAAGUUCAUUGUUGAAAUCUGAGAUUAGGAAUGCACCUGACAUGCAAGCUUCAGACUCAAAACAGCUUAGUUUAAAUGACUUGGCUAAAUAUAAUUGUGAAGAUCAAAUUUCAAAGUCCUGUUUUACGGAUAAAACUUCAACAAAUGGUUGUGUUCAGCUUAGCUCUGAAAACAAGUACAAUAUAUCCAGCCCUGCUUCUCGGAUCAGGCCACUGUCAGUGAAGUGUAAAUCAAGUGACAGGUUAUUAGAAUUUUCAAAGUAUUUCAAGAGAGAAAGCAAUUCAGUGGGGAAGAAAGAGGAGGGGUUUAUGAAGACAGUUUCUGAAGAUAAUACUUUAACAGACUCCCAGGUUGAUAGAGAACUCAGUAAAUUAUCUUUAGCUGCUUAUGCCAAAAGUGUCAAUUUUUCCUUUGAUUCAAGCCAGGAGAGCUCACUAGAUGAUAAUGUGUGUGAUAUUAAAAGAAAAGUGAAAGGUGUGAUAAGAUCUUCCAGUGAUGGUCAGCGUACGACAUCUCCCUGUGAUUCAGAUUGCCUUAACAAUAAAGUCAUUAUAAUUUCAGACUCUUCUGAUGAAGAAAAUCCUGUGGCUGACAAGAAAGAAACAAAAAAAUAUGAAAAUGGGUAUCCUGAAGAGCAGCCUUCAACUUCCAGCUGCGCUUCUGGUAGUGAUACCAAAACCGAAUCAAAGGUACCAAGCUCUCUCUUGUCACUGGAAGACUGUGAGUCUCAGUACUUUGAAUUUGAAACAGAACUUGAUGUCUAUUCGGUUUGGCAAGAUACUCAAGACUACAGCAUGGAAGUAACUCAAAAGUAUAAAGAAGGUCACGUUUCAGCAUUGGUUGGGAGUAAUGAUUCAGAUGACUUACUGGACGAUCACACAAAUGAAUGGGGUUAUGAUACGGAUUACGUAAAUGAUGAUAACAUGGAAGAAGAAGCAAACUUGACAGGAAAGACGGAAAAUCUUCCUCAUCAGACAGAAGCUGAUAAUACAAAAGUAGCAACUGAUUCAGCGUUGCAAGAAUCUGUUGGUAAGGAAAAUGCAAAAGAUCAACUGGAGAAUUCUGCAGGCAAAGGCACCAUUGAAGACUUCACCCUGCACUCAAAAUUGACUGAACCAUCUACAUCUAAGAUCUCAUUAGCUUCAAAACUGGCCCUUAAGAAAAACAGUGCAAGCCCACAGAAGAGUAUAGCAAACUCUAAGGUAGCAAGAACUGUUCAAAGAAGCCCUAAAAAACCUGUCCAAAAACCUGUCCGUAAACCAGCACAAACUAAAACACUACUUCAGAGUAAAUUAAAAACUUCCCAGCCUGGCAGUUCAAUGCCUGCUGUGGUUCCUCCAAAGAAAGUUCGGCAGUGUCCAGCACCAGCAUCAACUGUAGAAAAACUUGGUCUGAAGAAGGCACCUCGCAGAGCAUUUGAGUUAUCCCAGCGCUCUUUAGAGAGUCUGGCGCAACUGCGCAGCUAUGGUAAAGCUGCAGGGAGAAUUGGGGUUGCACAGAAACAGAAGAUUAAACUAAUUGCUCCUCAGAGUUUGUCUAUAAAACAUAAUAAAAAAUUGCUGGCCUGCCAAGACCUUCAGUAUUUAAGGCAGACAAUGCCCAAAAGAAGGGUCGGAGUGGGAAAUCCUUCAGGAAGUUCUGGGAGUAGAAACAGAAAAGCUAGCAAACUGGAUACAAAACUUAAGAAACAAAAGCCUGGAAGGUUUGAAGUGGCAUCUGUUGAAACGCAGGGAGAGGGAAAAAGGGUGUGUACUGGUUUUCCCUCUGCAGGUGAAAGAGAAUUUGAAAGCCUUUUUGUGGAGGAGGAGGAAACUGGUGUCUCUAAAAUGCCUGGUUUUUCAGACAUUAACAUAAAAUCAAAGGAUAAUGGUAUGAUGGUUCCUCCUGUACCUGAGUAUUCAAGUCCCUCUUCCUCUGCAUUGGUUGGAGAUGGUAAAAAUGAACCUUCAGGAAAUGAUUGUGUUGUCCAGCCUGAGUGUGAGAAGACAAAAGAUAAUGGGUGUAAAUUGAAUGAAAAUAGUGAUGAUGAUGAUCUGUUUUUAACUCAGUUAGACCCAGUGGAUAUGGACUUAUGUUCUGAGGAGGAAAGUGUUCAAGAUACCACUACAGCUAGGAAAAACACAGAGGAAAUGGAUACUGAUAAAAGCCUUCAGCAGAGUGAAUCCUUGACUGUAGUGAAAUGCAAGUACAAAGACUGUAAUGAAAAAGUAGAAAAACCAGGAGAGUACUGUAGUAAGCAUUCAGCUACCAGCUCAGAAGCAGAUCACUUGUUUGCUAAACCUUCUCUCCUGCCACCUAAACCAAGAAAGCCUUCCACUACCAAAAUUUUCAGCUCAGCAAGUUCUUCACGGAAUGCAGCCUUCAGCAAGGAUCUCGAAGAUGUUAAAAAGCUACCACCAGCUUCAAAAAGCAAAGUGAAUGUAGCAAAACCAGUGGUGGUCAGACCUCCAAAUGCAAAGCCUAUACCGACACGAAAUCAGACGUGCAAGUCUCCAAGUUUCAUUAAUGUACCUCAAUCCAACAUUCCUAAUAAUGUCCUUCAGUCACAAAAUAGACAGAAUGGCAAUGCUUCAAACAUUUCCAGGAGGCCUGUCCAAGAAGCAUAUUCUUCACCCUUUUAUGUUCAGCAGCAUGAUCACAGUAUUUUUAUUACUGAAGUCCUAAGGUGGACUUACGAAAUGUUUAUGAACUCCAGCCUCUUUGGACCUCCAAGUAAUCUGACGCAGUCUUUAGUAGCUGCUGUUCCUAUCCACUUUCAAGGAUACAAUGACUAUUUCAAUACAUUUUUCCCCUUGAUGAUGCUAAAUGCCUUUGAAACACUGGCACAAGAGUGGAUAGAAAACCAGAAGGUGAGAGAGAAGAGUUACUACUUCAACUUACAGAGCUUCUCUGCUGACUUGAACACAGCAGAUUUUACAGCUCAUUUGCGAGAAAGUGAUUUGGCAAAGCAGCUUCAUCCAAAAGAAGAUGACUUAAUCUUUUUGGUGGUCCAAAAGAAAAAAGAUCCCUUUAGGGAAGACAGUGAGAUGGAGGACCAAAUAGUGAACGAAGUUGGUCUCGUGACACGAUUUUCUCGUGCAUCUGGCCGUGCAACUAGACAAAAGGAGCAGCAUACCAUCUGUCAUCUUUCUGUGCGAACUCGAGGCAAUUUGUCAUUCUUCGUAAAUAAGCAAGUGAAGUGUAUGGUGGUUGGCUCCCUGGUUACCACACACCGAACAUUCAAAGGUCUGCUGCUACUGAGCAGGAGUCCCCUGGCUAAACCCAUCAUAAAUCCAAGUUACAAUGACUUCUGUCCCAGAGAUUUGCCUGUAGCCUCAGAAAGCACUGCAUGGAAUGUGAAUGAGUACAAUGAAGAUCAGAAGAGAGCCAUUGAGACAGCUUAUGCCAUGGUAAAGCAGCACCCAGGGCUUCCAAAGAUCUGCCUUAUCCAUGGACCACCUGGGACAGGAAAAUCAAAAACUAUUGUUGGACUUCUGUCUCGUGUUUUGAAAGAGAACACUAGGAAUGAGAAAACUCAAAAAACAAAUUCCAAGAUCAAGCCAAACCGUUUUCUUGUUUGUGCACCAUCAAAUGCUGCUGUUGAUGAACUCAUGAAAAAGAUCAUCAUUGCGUUUAAGGAAAAAUGCCAGAACAGACAGGAGCCUUUGGGAAAUUGUGGUGAUAUCAAAUUAGUGCGACUUGGUGCUGAAAAAGCAAUCAACAGUGAAGUCCGGGGAUUUAGCCUGGAUAAGCAAGUUGAACAUAGGAUGAAGCGAAAGCCAGCUGACUGUGACCAGGAUAUUCAGAAGAAGAAAGCUGCUCUGGAUCAAAAGCUGGACAUGCUGUCUCGUCAGCGUGCCAUGCACAGAUGUGAGAAGAAGGAAAGUCAAAUGUUAGAUGAUGAAAUUGGCAGACUUACAAAGGAGAGACAACAGCUUGCUUCUCAACUAAAGGAGGUUCGGGGGCACUCUCAGAAAGUACAGGCAGAUAUCAUCUUGGAGUCCGACAUCAUCUGCUGCACACUGAGUACAAGUGGAGGAUGCCUACUGGAAUCUGUGUUUUUUCGGCAAGGACUUGAUCCUUUCAGCUGUGUCAUUGUGGAUGAGGCAGGGCAGUCCUGUGAGGUUGAAACAUUGAUUCCACUGAUCCAUCGCUGUAAUAAACUGGUCCUUGUUGGGGAUCCCAGACAGCUCCCUCCUACAGUAAAAUCAGUGAAAGCUCAGGAAUAUGGCUAUGAUCAGUCCUUGAUGGCACGUCUGCACAGACACCUGGAGGACCAAGUGCACAAGAAUAUUUUACGAAGCCUGCCAGUUGUGCAGCUGACUGUGCAAUACCGGAUGCACCCUGACAUCUGCCUCUUCCCAUCCAAUUACGUUUACGGCAGGACUCUAAAGACUGAUAGAGCGACAGAAGAGAACAGAUGUUCUUCAGAGUGGCCAUUCCAGCCCUACCUUAUUUUUGAUGUAGGAGAUGGCCAUGAGGAGCGAAACAAUGACUCUUUUAGUAAUCCUCAGGAAGUGAAGCUGGUGAUGGAAUUAAUUAGAACAAUAAAAGAAAAAAGGAAGGAUCUGGGUCUUCGACGCAUAGGAAUAAUUACGCCUUACAGUGCACAGAAAAAGAGAAUUCAAGAGCAACUGGACAGAGUAUUUAGGAAUAACAGCCCAGAAGUGGACACAGUAGAUGCAUUCCAGGGACGAGAGAAAGACUGCAUCAUAGUGACAUGUGUCCGGGCAAACAGCACUAAAGGGUCAAUUGGAUUUCUGGCAAGUCUCCAGCGUCUGAAUGUUACCAUUACCCGAGCCAGAUUCAGCCUCUUUAUCCUUGGAAGACUGAAAACUCUUAUGGAAAGCAAAGACUGGAAUGAGUUGAUUCAGGAUGCUCAGAAAAGAGGUGCCAUUAUCAAGACAUCAGAAAAAAGCUACAGGAAAGAUGCUGGUAAGAUCUUGAAGCUGAAGCCAUCAGUACAGCCCCCAGCCAGUGCAGGAGCAAAGCAACCUCCUCCAACGCAGUUGUCUUCCAGUGGCAAGAAGCCACUUGCAAAUCCACAGGAGGCCAGAAGCCCUCAGGAGCUCCCUGCUGGCACUGGUUGUGCAGUACCACAGGGAAGUGGAGGGCCCCAGCAGCCACAGUGUGCUCAGGCUGUGAACUCCAGGAGAGGCAGUGCCCCUGCACGCAUGGUAUCUGCAAUGCUUCCUGCUGAUCAGGAGAAACCACGGGACCCGAGGUUGGCAAGUAUGGCUAGUAGAACUGAAGCCAGAGGGAAGGAGCAGGCCUCAAAAGACAGCAGUCACCGAGACCAGAGCAAUACAGGAUCAACAUCACAGCAAGGCUUCGAUGCGUCCUCAGCUGCCAGGGAUCAGAUUUCCAGAACAGAAACUUUUAAGAAGCCCCAACAAACAUCGGGACAAUGUGAUUUGCCUUCCACGGCUCGGCAUGAGGGUGACCAGAGAGCUCCUCCAUUGAAAAGUGUUUUAAAAUCCCACAGUGAAGGAGGUGAAAGUUGCAUCAAUAAGCAGAACAAAGACUAUUGUGCAUUAACAUCAGAAGAGUCACCAGUGAACACAGAUUCAAACAGUGCCAAGCGAAGAAAGAUGUUUCACUGACUUGAGUAUUGGCUCAUUACUGAAAAUCUAUUCCCAGAUUUCUGUCUAGCAAAGACUGUAUUUUAAAUUAUUUAGUACACUUGGAACUCCCUUGUAUUGAUACCGCUGCUAUCAGUAGGUUCAUCUUUUUCCCAUACGGUCCCUGAUUGUGAAGGGGACUUUAUACCUGACAGUUGAUAGAUUUGAGCUUUUGUAAAGAAAAGCUGGAUAGCUGCAUUGCUUGGAAGAGCAGUCCUCUAGGAAGUUAAUGUUGUAAAUGUUUAAUGAUGUAUAUUUGUACAGUUUACAAAAUUAUUUUAAGAUUUAAUUUGGCAAAUAUGUAGUUUCUUGUUUCCUUGUGCAAAUGCUAAUUUCUUAGGUAUUUUUUUAUGAAGAACCAGAGCAAAGCAGAAAGAAAAAACAAAAAUACCCCCAAAUCCAGAAAACAGCCAUACUUUGUUUCCUCUUUGCACCAAUAAGUCUAAUUUAUUUGAUGGCAGAGUGAAUGCUGAUAAUGUGGUAGCAGUGAUUCUUCCUUGUGCUCCACUACUGCCUCUGGAACCUGAAGGCGGAUGUAUAUUGGUUGAAUUGAGAGAAUCCUACUUAUUUUGUAUAUUUUAUGGCUUGUUUUUAUAAGAACAGAAGAGCUUCUGUUUACACACAUGUGCCUUGAGUCUUGCUCUUGCGGCUGCUUCAUCAGUUUGAAUUCUUUUCUUAUUGCAGAGGCAACACAAACUGCAGAUUAAAGCCUAUGAGUUCUGUUUGGUCUCAGUGAGUCCAUGUGAGGAAUAAUCAACAGCACUGUGGAACCUUAGUCAAAGACCUAGGUAUCACUUCUUGGUAAUGACACUGGAGUUUUCUUUAUACAGAGACUUUGGAGAUGUAGAGGGCUAAAACGGGCAAGCAGUUAAUUCUGGGUGUUAUUACUGGAUUCAUUCCACCGUGUUGAUGAAUAAUAUAUAACCAGUAAAAUGGGGUGGUGCAGGAAAAUUAACUUGAUUUUUAAGAAAGCCUCCCUCUCGUCAUUUCACAAUAAAAGUGGAAUUACUUAUGCUAAUAAUGCUUUGGGGUGACUGAAUUAUCACUUCAUCUGGAGAAUGUGUGAAGGAGGUGAGGAGCAGCAUUUCAUGUGCACAGUUUUGCAUGGUGGUACCUUAGCAUGCUUCUGCCUGGGAAUGCAGCUCCACGCUGUGUUAGCACAAGCUGGGUGUACUGUGAGUGGGCCGGGUUGCUGUCUCCAUGCAUCUGUGGUGAAGUACAGCCUGCUCUGAGGCAGGCACGAUCCUUCUGUCCCCCCACAAUUGACUUACACUUAGCCAACGUCACAGCAGUGGUUUUCUGAGCUGCCAGAUUUCUCUAGCCAGGAUUUAGCCAUCAUCUUUAGUUACGUUUUCUGUCCUGGCGCUUUCUUUGGAGUGAUUAGUGUUAGCUUUGUCCUUUAAACCACUACCUGAGAGGUACAUGUGAGCCAGUCCAGUGAAGUACAGGUGCCUUACUGUACAAAACAUCAAUUCAGACUGUAGCUGCCAGUAAAGCUUAAUGCAUCCCAGCCCAGAACAAACAUGCUUUACUGGUAGCAUGUGUUGUAGGUGUGUUGAGAGGCAUUUAGUUGCUGUCUGUGGCUGUCCAGCUCAUUGUGCUGCACGAUACAGAGCAUUUUAAGAUGCCAGGGGAGAAUCUUUGAGAUGACUAUGAAGUGAAAUGGGUAUAUGUGCAUUCUUUAGUUAUUCAUUCUGCUGCAAUCAUAAUUGCUUUGGUGAACCCUGACCCCCUCUUGUCAGCAGUGUAUGCUCUUCUAAAACUGCUGUGCCUCUGCCUUGAUGUUGUGUACCUUGUGCAAGCAGGAAGGCUGCUGGAAUUAAUCAGACUGUUGUGAACUGGACAUCUUGGUCACCCCCACAUCCCAGAAUCCAUCCCCAAUGUGUUAUCUCCUUUUAUGUUCAUAGUAAUAUUUAAAAAUGGUCAUAUUCUAUGAUCUUUUCUAUGAUCUUUGAAACCUCUUGGCUCUGGUGGGUGUGAGACAGCCUUUUGGACUGUCUCCAUGUAAAUAAAGUGAAGCUGGCAACAGUGUAAAUGAGGAAAUGCUUUUCUGGUCAUUAAGUGCAAUUUUGUCAAAAGAAUGUUUCUCUCUAACUUCUUCCUCAAUCUACAUUUCAGAACAUGGUCUUCUGAGAGCUGUGCUUGCGAUGCUAGAAGUGUUGCUUUACUAUUUAAAUUCUGUUGUGUUCUGUACACUGCAAUAGGCCAUGUCCUCUGUAAUGCCCGUGUUUUUCCAUAAAUCAUCUCUGAGGCAUGGUCAGCGGCUUGGACUUUGGUUAUUUAAUACUGGAUUUAUCUGACCUAAGUUGUUCUGUCAGUGGUAGCUUAUUGCUACUGUAUCGUUAGUGGUGCAUUCUUUAAUUGCUCUUAGAACACUUUUCCCAUAUCACUCAGAGUAUGUUUGCAGUUUUAAUUAACUUUCCUUUCCCUUCUCUUUUAUACACAUAACAUGGAAAACUAAGCUAACUCCAAUCCAAAGCUUGCUUCUUGUUGCUUCAAAUAAAACCUGCAUUAGGGAACGAA